UUGUGUAUUUAAGACAUCGGUCGACACCUGUAGUAUUUUAAGCGUCAUGCCUGUGGGUUAAUCGUGCAUUGGUAAACGUCUUCCGUUGCAAUACAUAAUAUACUCAUAAUAUACGUCCUGUUGUAUUCUACACUCAUAGUGAUGGGCUCUGCUGAAGAACAGGUGGACAAGAUUUUAAAUGGCGAGGCGGUCCAGAUAUCCGGCUUUGAUUCAUCUCCUGAAACGGUUCGAUCAGUCGCUAUAAGGAAAACGGUCUGCUAUAUUGUGAGCGCAGUCAUCUUCAAUGAUAAGAACGAGGUCCUGAUGAUGCAGGAGGCAAAGAGAGACUGCUAUAAGAUGUGGUAUCUACCAGCUGGAAGAAUGGAAGAGAACGAGACCAUUGUAGAUGGGAUGAGGAGAGAGGUGAAGGAAGAGACUGGAUUGGAGUGUGACCCUGUCACCCUGCUGCUUGUGGAGGAAAGUGGUCCCAGUUGGAUCAGAUUUACAUUUCUCGCAGAAGUGACAGGCGGCAGUAUAAAGACUACAGCAGAAGCUGACUCAGAAUCCCUUCAGGCCCAGUGGUGGGACAGAGUUUCUCCCCUUCCUCUGAGAGCCAAGGACAUCCUGCAUCUCAUUGAGGCUGGCGUUAAGUACAGAGAGGGCCCUUGGUUUCCUCACACCCUGCCUGUGGAACUACCGUGCCCAGUCGUCUACCAAAAUGCCAUGGUAACAUAUUCAGAGUCCAGUAACAACUUGUGGUUAUUGCUUGCCGCAGGGCAACACCUUCCAGUCACAGUAUCUGGUACCCCUCCCUCUGUGAGAUCACAUACGGUCGAAGCGGCUGUUUAUAGGCUAGUGAAGGAAUGCAUGCAGCUCUCGCAAGUAAAGAUUAAAACCCAGGGUAUUUUAGGACUGCAGCAUCACGGAAAAAACCCAGGAAAUACGGACGGGAUCUGUUUUAAUACACUGCUGUCUAUCGAACACAAUUCUACCAGUGGUGCAAGCGAUGGGCUUCCUCCAGUACUGAACAGUGACAAGUUCCGCUGGUGGAAGGUAGGCAAUGACAGUCUGAAAGACAAGAUCCUGCAAAGACUGGCUUCGCUUUCUGUUGUUCCUAUUCAUGCCUUAUUUUAAAACUGAAAUACUACCGACUCGAGAUCUACGGCAGUGAAAACACAGAUAAAGCAUGCAAGAACUGAGCCACUAACUUCCAUUAAACUUUGCACUGUACUGUCUGUAAAAAAUGAAGUGAUUUCUAUUUAACGAAGAGCUGGGGAACAGGGUUGUUUGCUGGGCUUUGCCUUAUUAUAAUGUACUGUUAAUAAUCUCAGAUGUGGUUAAUGUUUAGGAGCAAUAGUGUAUUUCCACUGUCCACUGUCACCAUGCUUAGAUGCAAGCUAAAAUUGUAAAGCACCCUUUGAUUGAAAAUCUGUGCUAAAAAGAGGAAUGCAAAGACAUUUUACUCACCAACAUCAUGUCUGAUCCAUGUGUACUCAUUAUUCAGCCUGUUUGCAUGCAAUUCUCACUAAAGUGAAACCCACUAGUUUGCAGAAGACUGUUCUCAUCAAGAAUGGUGACUGCUUCUCACAGCGGAAAUCACAUACAGAAACUGAGCGAAAGCAACACUUUGAAACAGGGUUCCUCCAUUUUAUAUCUUUUUUUUUUUUUUGUUAUGUCUUUAGAUUUACCAGUCACGUCCGAGGUGGUGGGAGUAAACGUUGUAAACACCUUUAUAAGCUUGAUAUGGGGCGAAAAAAAUUGAAGUGACACUUCUGGAUUACACAAGCAUAUUAAAAGCUUCACCAAACCUUUAUAGAUGUCAGUCCCAUCUAAUUGGGGAUAUGUGGGUUUGAACAACAUGUGUUUGUGAAAGCAUUAGUGUGCUAAAUGCUGCCCAUGACUCCAAAGUAAAAAACUGUUUUCUAACCACUAAUGCAUCAAAGGCCAGGGACCACAAACCCCUAGCUUUUCCAUUGGAAGAAAAUGCACUUGCAGGGCACAUAUCAGAGUACAUCUUCUGGAAAUGAUCCAUUAGUAUAGCCUUGAUUUCUUGUUAAAAUCUUUUCCUGUAAAUGUAUUUAAUUUAGAAUAAUGCACUGCACGUGAUAAAUCUGGACUAUAUGACUUUCUUUUGAGAUUUAAUUCCCAUAAAACAUGCUUUCAUACACGGUACCAAACCUCGUGAGUCGAUAAGUUAACACUUAUUCAGCACAUACUGUGUCUUAAGACUGCAAGUCCAAAUGCUGGUAUGUUGCUGUGUAGUAUCAAUGGCUUCUUUCCAAACUAAAAGGGCAAUUAUUUAAAUAAAGAAGUUACAUUCUCCAAUAAAGGAACAUAAAAUGUCAAAGUAGUAUGACAAACAUAAAACAGGUUCACAUGGCAUACUAUGCAUAAUUUUUUCACAAAUAAUAGCACAAAUCUUAAAAUAUUAAUGGACAUAUUCUACAACCGCAGACAACAGAAAAUAAAUCACACAUAU